AUGCUUCGCUGUUGUCUCCUUCUGCUGACCCUGGUGGUGGGUACCACUGGGUUUUCCUCAAUUGGGGUUCCAGGUUCAGUUUCCAGAAGUCCUUCUGCACGGUACAUGUCUUCCUUUUCCGUGGAUGGCUCGGAAUAUUCCUCCAAGGACUCGGACUACGUAGAUGAUGAUGAGUUUGGCGGCGGAGAGUUUUCCAACGGGUACCGAGAUCCCGAUGACACUGGUGACAGUCCCACGGUAGAAAUGAAGCCCGUACCCAUGUCCAAGAAUGCUGGAAACCGAUUUGUGGCCUUCGUGUGGGAUCGCUUGUUGGAUACCGAGAAUCGAGAUCAAUCGGAAUUGCAUCAUGAUCGCAUCGACCUGACGGAAGAUCACGUCAUGUUUUGUCGAAAGACCAAUCUGUACAGUGAUGAAUUCAAUACCGAGAGCAUGGUGGAUAUCCUGUUCAGUCGACAGUUACUAUCGUCGGAUUUGCGAAGAACCAUUGGGCACGCCUUUUGCAUGGAAUCCACGGAAUUGCUGCACAUUCAGGAACUCAUGAAAAACGAGCCCAUUAUCAAUAUGCUGACUGAAGGAGAUAUUUCCAAUAUACCCUUGUAUCGUUGGCGUCAUAUUCGGGACUAUAGUUUGCGAGUAGACGACGGACGAUUUGGUUGUCCUUGCAUGCUGGUGGCCACGGAUCAUGAACCCGAAGAGGUGGGGAAUCUACGAGCCGACGUGUGGGACCAACAAAUGGAGGCACUCAUUCGAAGUGAACGCAUCAUUGCCGCCGGGCCACUGCAUUUACCCACAGAGUUGAAAGACGAUGAAGCAUCCGCCCUGGCAGUCGGGGAUAUGAUCAUGUUCAAUGCCAAAAAUCGAGACGAGGCUGUGGAAUUUGUAGAAUCGUUGCCAUAUGCACAAGAAGGAUUGUACCAAAACAUGAAGGUUCACUUUUACAAUACACUUGAUACCACAGGAAAGUUUGUAUCCGAAGACCCACUCCGGGAUUCUCCCUGUGAACAGAUGCAGGAAGCACUGGAUGUAUGGGGAUAUCCAACGGGCGACGACCAAACUCCGUGGUUGAACUGGUAA